CUCCUCUCUGUCAUUCCUUUUCUUCUCCCUCUCUCAUAUUCCCUUACUUUUCUUCCCUCUCUUUAUUAUGCCCCGUUCUUCCCUCCCUUUCAAACCCCCUCUCUCUUCCUUUCUUACCCUUUCUUUCCACCGGAUCGAAUUCCAUCGAUCGAAAGCCAUUUUAUGCUCUGAUCCAAUACAUCGCCUUCAUUCUCCAUGGCUUCUUCCAACCAUCUCUCUCAGCCCUGCAUCUACGGGCACAUUGCUCCAUCUUUUGCUGAUAGAAAAUCUCGCUUGAUGAAAUGGAUUGGUAAGAUAUUUAAGGGGUCAGGCGAUGGGCCAUCAAAAGGACGAUAUCCACGGUUUAGUGGGGAAGAAAACAUGAUUUGGCGUGCGCCGAGCAGAUCUGUGGACAAUAGACCGACAGCUGAGAAUGAUGAGUUGGAUCAUGCAGUCGCGCUUUCUUUAGCUGAAGGUGUAAAAAAACCAAAUGGGUACAAAAGGCCAGCAGAGAAUGAUGAAGAUCUGGCCAGAGCCCUUCAAGAAAGCUUGAACAUGUCCUCCUGUCCUCCGUUUCCACCAACACAGAUUUUCUCUAGAGGAUGUAGAAUCUGUGGAGGCUGCAACCGUGAAAUAGGCUAUGGACAUUAUUUAAGCUGCAUGGGGACUUUUUGGCACCCCCAAUGCUUUUGCUGUCAUGGUUGCAGUCAGCCAAUCACUGAGCAUGAGUUUUCUUUGUCAGGGACCAAUCCAUUCCACAAGUCUUGUUACAAAGAGCUGCACCAUCCCAAAUGUGACGUCUGCCGUCAAUUUAUACCAACAAACACGGCUGGUUUAAUUGAGUAUAGAGCUCAUCCUUUUUGGAACCAAAAAUAUUGCCCUUCGCAUGAUCAUGAUAGGACACCUCGUUGCUGUAGUUGUGAACGGAUGGAGUCGAGGAAAACAAGAUACAUGUCUCUCGGAGAUGGCCGGAGCCUAUGCCUUGAAUGUUUGGAUUCUGCCAUCUUGGAUACGGGUGACUGCCAACCUCUUUACCAUGCUAUCAGAGACUAUUACGAAGGAAUGAACAUGAGACUAGAUCAACAGAUUCCCAUGCUUCUGGUCGAGAGGCAAGCCCUAAAUGAAGCCAUGGAAGGGGAGAAGGAUGGUCAUCAUCACAUGCCCGAGACGAGGGGUUUAUGCCUUUCUGAGGAGCAGACUGUUAGCAGUAUACGUAGGAAGCCAAGAAUUGGGGGAAACUUCAUUUCUGAUUUGAAAACUCAAAAACAAAAGUUGACUAGGAAAUCUGAAGUUACGGCCAUUCUCGUUCUGUUUGGCCUCCCAAGGUUACUAACAGGUUCUAUUCUUGCUCAUGAGCUGAUGCAUGGCUGGUUACGCCUCAAUGGCUACCGUAAUUUAAACCCUGAGGUGGAGGAAGGCAUUUGUCAGGUGCUCUCUCAUAUGUGGCUUGAAUCAGAGGUCAUGCCGGCCUCAAGAAGCAUGCCGUCCACGUCAAUGGCUGCUUCGUCGUCGUCCUCGCAUGCACCAUCAUCAUCUAAGAAAGCAGGGAAAUCUGAUAUCGAGAAGAAGCUGGGGGAGUUCUUCAUGCAUCAGAUCGUCCAUGACUCUUCCCCAGCAUAUGGUGGAGGAUUCAGAGCUGCCAAUGCAGCUGUUAAUAGAUAUGGGCUUCGUCGGACCCUGGACCAUAUUCGCCUAACUGGAGAUUUCCCUGGAUAGUCACUGCUACUAUUCUGUAUAUUAAUCCAUCUAUCCAUCCAUCCAUCAACCCAUGCCUUGAAGAUAAUCCCGCAUUGCUAUGCCUUGCAAGGAUUGAGCUUGACCAUUGAAGAUUGGAUCGGCUCCCCCCGCGUAAUUUUUUAUGGGGUCCUUCAGGAAGUGUAAUAAUAAGCAUGUGUAAUUCUAAUUAACUGAAGUUAGAUCAAUUCCACAAAGAAAUCAAUGGUGAUGAGUUCUAUAGAAUAAGAAAGUGAA